UUUAAAUUUUAUUUCACUGGUCAAUGUUCUUGGACUUCCCUGUGGAUAUAACAUAAUGUAAAAUCAAAAUAUUUAGAUCCAUACCUUGAUUUUUGGCUCUUGUGCACAGUAAUUUGACUACCAAGUUUGGGAUUAUUAAAAGAAAGUAAUUACAUCAUUAUACAGCAUCAGUGUGGGUGGUAGAUGGGUUGGUCAAUCUGAUUCAGACACUGUAUAAAUGAAAGGAGAGUAAGAAGAGCAGAACAAACUCAUAACAGGAGAAGAUUUACUCAUGGACUAUGAGACAGAGGAUCAUGAGAUUCAGUACUGCUUUCCUGCCAUCAACUCAUCAUGUAUCAAGGGAAAGCGCUUGAGUUAUGAAUACAAUAUCAUGUAUGUAUUUUUUUCAUUGCUGUCAGCAUGGACUGUGUUUCUGAACCUGCUGGUGAUCAUCUCCAUCUCUCAUUUCAAGAAGCUUCACACUCCAACCAACCUGAUCAUUCUCUCUCUGGCUGUGACUGAUAUGCUUGUAGGGCUUAUUGUCAUGCCUGUGGAUGCCAUCAAGCUAAUUGAGACAUGUUGGUACUUUGGAGACACUUUCUGCGACGUGUUUAUGAUAAUCAUGGUACUGCUAAUCUCAACAUCUAUUUGUAAUUUAGUUUUAAUUGCUGUUGAUCGUUAUGUGGCUGUGUGUCACCCUUUACUCUACCCAAAGAAAAUAACAAUGACUAAAACUUUAAUAAGCAUCUGUCUCUGCUGGUUUUUCUCUUCAACCUACAAUAUUGGCUAUUCACUUAGUGGCAGAUAUUUUGCAGCUUCCCAAAGAUCAGAUGUGUGCUAUGGAAAAUGCUAUUUAGAAAUAAGUUUUUCUUGGACAUUAACUGACCUUUUCUUUUCCUUCUUGUUACCUUGUACCCUGAUUAUAACUUUAUAUUUGAGGAUUUUCUAUGUCGCACAUCAGCAAGUGAAAGUUAUAAACUCCUUGAUGAAGAGUGGUAAAUGUGUAACAGAAGGAUCAGUGAGGAGGAAAUCUGAGAGCAAAGCUGCACUGACAUUAGGCAUAAUUGUGACAGUUUAUCUGCUUUGGUAUAUUCCCUAUAUAGUGUCUGCAACAGGUACUACAGUAAUAUCUCCUGCCACAGUGACAUUUCUAUUAUGGAGUUUGUAUGUUAACUCCGGUCUGAAUCCCCUUAUUUAUGCUUUAUUCUACCGCUGGUUUAAAAUAACAGUUAAACACAUCUUAACGUUUAAAAUAUUAGAGCCAGCAUCCUCUCUUGUGGACAUUUUUAAAGAUUAUUAAUUAUUUGUGUAGAAGAUAAAGAACAAUUUUUGUUCUUUUUUUUAUUUGGCUAAGAUUAUUUUUAACAUUGAAACAUGUUAAUAUGUUGAUAGUUUUGUUUAUGAGUAUAAUGUUCAUUCACUCUGUGGGCUGUAAAUAUGUAUCAUACAGUAUAUUGGUCAAGACAGACAGACUGUAUUCAACCAUGUGACCACAUAUUCUCUUUUACUGUGCAUACAGAACAGAGUUAUCAAGAUCAUGAUAAAUGCU